CAGCUAGAGGGAGCAGAACAUCGGUUAGCCACAGCCAUGGAGUAUCUCUCGCCUCCAGCUUUUAUAUCUCAUUCCCACCACAGAAAACUUUUCUUGCUUUCAACGCGGAAACCCAUCUUAAUUCCGAGGACCUUUCGAACGGCGGGGCUUUUGUGCGAAGAAUGGUGGUGAAAGCCUGUGUAAAGGUGGAGGAAAAGAAUGUCGAAGAAAGCAGGGCAGGAGAGUGGGGGAAGGUACUCUGCGGUGCUAUUUGAUAUAGAUGGAGUGUUGUGCAAUAGCGAGGAGCCUUUGAGAAUGGCGGCUGUGUUCUGUGGAUGUAAUUCGCCCAAAUGGGGGGUCCAAGUUACAGUGGAGACUUUGUGCCUUCCAUGGGAAUGGGAAAAAUGUUGUUAUCUCCUUCCUGUUGCCUUUAAGAAUCAUAUGGUAUAACCCUGCUGUAAAGAUCAAGGCCUAAGGGUUGCUGUUGUAUAGUGCAAUUUCGUUUAGGGUCGAGUUUAGGAUGCUAGGUUGCCUUGCGUAAUGUUGAAUACACAGCAUACUUGGUUGUAUAGUGCAAUUUGCAGCUUUGUAACAUUAUAUACUUUCAUUUUUCACUUAAUGUUAACCUUCUUUAUGUCAGGUUUGAUGCAAUUUGGUCAGUAGAUGCUUUCGAGAAUUUGAAACCCGCUCCUUAUAACUUCUUAGCUGCAUCAAAGAUCUUUAAUAUACCCCCUAGUGAGGU